UACACGGACUAGUCAUGCCAUCUAUAGAUCUUGGUGAGCUUACAGCAGUUAACUGAUGUCCCCAGUUUGAAAUAUCGUACGCAUCUUUUCCCACUUGCGGUGGAUCACCCUUGAUUUUCUCACUUUGAGAAGUAUUGAAAGGUUUGCCGCAGAUACUAAUUUAAAUGUGUUUUGCAGGACUGGAGUAUCGUGUCAUUUUUAGUUUUAUUUUAAUGACCUGGAGGCGCUUUCCACUUUGAUCGGUGCCAUUUGACGUCGGAAAACACAGAACUCCUGCUGCACUCCUGGUAUUAAGAAAAGAAGAAGAGAACGCGACAGACGAAGCUCACACUUGCGUACUUGCUGGAUUAUAUUGCUUUUCCUGUCCAUUUGAUGAGUUGGAAUAUCUGAGUGCAGAAUACGCAGCGAGAGUGGGGAUGAAACUAUAGAAAUAUUGUCCUGGGAAGGUCCUGCAACCGCUUCUCUCGUAGUGCAGGUUACUCUGUUAGCAGAUCCCUCGAAUAGUGGGUGAAGGAUGUACCGUGUCCGUUUUCAUUGCAUUGGAUAUUCAGGAGGUAAAACAAAAUGCCAUGGAUUAAUCGUGGAAUAAAAUUCGUUCACUGAAAAUAUCACAUGAAGGCACACAAUGGAUGAACGCCUGAAAAGCAAGGAGAAAGACUGAUCCAAUGAAGUGUCUCACUGCUAUAUCACAUGACAGGAAGAGACGUACCCUGGAACCGCCCAUCAGGAAGAAGGAAGUGAAAGACUGAUUGGCUAUAACCAGCUCGAACACAAGAAGCUUACAUUCCAGACUGCAGGCCGUGAUCGCAGCCGCUGGGUGUGACAUCGUACAAUAGCAGUGGGACUGUGUGACAGUCAGCAUGACCCCAUCGCUGGUGACCCCACCGACGAGCGAGGAUGGAAACCUGACCUAAAGGGAUUCCUGUCUCACCGCCCUCACCAUUACACUGUUCCAGCGUGUGAGUUGACCAUGGACAAAGUGCUCCGUGGCCUGCUGCUCCUGGGAACCGCUGUGACCAUGGCCCGCGCAUGCCCCAAGUACUGCGUCUGCCAGAACCUGUCCGAGUCGCUGGGCACGCUCUGCCCCUCCAAAGGCCUGCUGUUCGUGCCCCCGGACAUCGAUCGGCGAACGGUGGAGCUGCGGCUGGGCGGCAACUUCAUCCUCCGGAUCACCCAGCAAGACUUCGCCAACAUGACGGGCCUGGUGGACUUGACCCUGUCCCGAAACACCAUUGGAUUCAUCCAGCCCUUCUCCUUCUCCGACCUGGAGACCCUGCGCUCGCUGCACCUGGACAACAACCGCCUGACAGAGAUCGGCCCGGACGACCUGCGAGGGCUUAUCAACCUGCAGCACCUCAUCCUCAACAACAACCAAAUGGAGCGCAUUUCGGAGCGGGCCUUUGAAGACCUGGCGCUGACGCUCGAGGACCUCGACCUGUCCUACAACAACCUGCGGGGCCUGCCCUGGGACUCCGUGCGGCAGAUGGUGAAUCUGCACCAGCUCAGCUUGGACCACAACCUCAUUGACUACAUCCCAGAGGGCACCUUCACCGACCUGGAGCGGCUAGCUCGCCUGGACCUCACUUCCAACCAGCUGCAGAAGCUGCCGCCCGACCCCAUCUUCGCCCGUGCCCAGGACACGGUGGUGCUCACCACGCCCUACGCGCCCCAGCUGUCCCUCAGCUUCGGCGGGAACCCUCUGCACUGCAACUGCGAGGUUCUCUGGCUGCGCAUGCUGGAGAGGGAUGAUGACCUUGAGACCUGUGCUUCCCCUCCCAACCUGAAGGGGCGCUAUUUUUGGCACAUUGCGGAAGAGGAGUUUGUCUGUGAGCAGCCCCUCAUUACUCAGCACACCCACAAGCUGCUGGUCCUGGAGGGGCAGACCGCCAGCAUGAAGUGCAAGGCCAUCGGUGACCCCGCACCCACAAUCCACUGGAUCACUCCCGAUAACCGGCUGAUAGCCAAUUCUUCUCGGACCGUGGUGUAUGGGAAUGGCACGCUGGAUAUCCUCAUCACCACGUCGAAGGACUACGGUACUUUUACCUGCAUCGCGGCUAAUGUGGCCGGGGAGUCCACCGCCACUGUGGAGCUGUCCAUCGUCCAGCUCCCGCACCUCACCAACGACACGGGCCGCACCUCACAGCCAAAGUCCCGGCUCUCUGACAUCACCAGCUCUACCAAGACCACCAAGGGUGAACCUAAGGCUCAACCCGAGAAGGCAGUGUCAGUGACGGAGGUGACAGCGGUCUCAGCCCUGGUCGGAUGGACGGUCAGCAAGGCAGCACCCAAAGUCAAAAUGUACCAGCUUCAGUACAACUGCUCUGAUGAUGAAGUGCUGAUCUACAGGAUGAUCCCAGCGUCGAGUAAAGCCUUCCUGGUGACAAACCUGGUGUCGGGAACUCAGUACGACCUGUGCGUACUGGCGGCCUGGGAGGACACGGCUACCACCCUCACGGCCACCAACGUGGUGGGCUGCGUGCAGUUCUACACCCGGGACGAGUACCCGCAGUGCCAGUCUCUCCGCAGCCACUUCCUGGGCGGCACCAUGAUCCUGGUGGUGGGCGGCGUGAUCGUGGCCACGCUGCUGGUCUUCAUCGUCAUCCUGAUGGUGCGCUACAAGGCCGGGGGCGAGGACGACGCCCCCGCCAGCAAGCUGCCCAGCGUCAGCGACACGUACUCGCAGACCAACGGGGGGCGCAUGCUGCGGAACGGGCUGCUGCCCACCAAGUCCAAGCCCAAGGUGACCCUGCGGAACGAGGUGGUGGAGUUCAGGUGCGGCUCUCUCCAGAGCAGCGUCUCCUCCUCUUCUUCCUCAUCCUCCUCGGGGCCGGUGGACAGCGGCGCCGGCGACAAUUAUGGACAGGAGGGGGCGCUGUCCAGCAAAUGGAGGACCACCUCCUCGAAGGCCUGCCCCAACCUGGACCACCUGCUGGGGGCCUUCACUUCCCUCGAGCUGCGGGGCCAGAGCAGGGACCCGGGGCCCUCUGGGGCCUCCGCCGCCACGGCCGCGGAGCCGCCAACCGACAAGGAGCCUCUGCUGGGCCGGACAAUGGACUCCACGCUCAGCAGGCUGCUCAUGCUGCCCCUGGACAAUAAGCCCAAGAGGAGCCACUCUUUCGACAUGGGCGACGUCACCUGCACUGACGCCCCCUCGCAGGUCUCCAGCUACCCCAGGAGGAUCAGCCGAAUCUGGACUAAGAGGAGCCUCUCGGUGAACGGCAUGCUCCUGCAGUACGACGAGGAGGGAGAGGUGGAGGAGAGCAAGGGGGGCGCUCUCGAGAGCUCCGAGUGGGUCAUGGAGAGCACUGUUUGAGGGGGAAACAGCGGUCAGUGUUGAAAGAAAGAAAGAACCGUGAAACGAACACCCGGUCUUCUUAAGACGGGGAGGGGGAGGAGCUGUGUUCGACAUAAACCCUGCUGGAGCAGGACUGCUUCCCUCCCCCAUUCUCCGCCCCCCU